CCCGAGAGCACACCAAAGUAACAAAACACAAACAUGGCGCCUAUUUGCUGCCGUACAGUCUAGCGCUCGACAGAGACAAAGUUUCCAGGAAUAAACACGGCGCGCUCGCACUAACUAGACGUUUAAUUUCCGCUCGAAACGGAGUGGACAGGCUGCAAGUUACAACUUGCCUACAUGUCAACGUGUUGUACUUUAGUGAUCUGAACAGCUGGUCUGUCCAGCCAUGAUUGAGGAUAAGGGUCACAGAGUGACAGACUACUUCGUUGUGGCUGGCCUGACAGACAAGUCUACACCACUAGAGCAGGAUAUAUCUGAAACCAAGUCCAGUGGGCCCAAGGCACCAAUCACAGACCUUGCUGUCAUCAACAAGUCUUCUGGAGAAACUGUGCCUGAAGGUUUCACAUGCAUUGAGAGCACGUACAGCGGUCAGCCGGCCAAUCUCAACCAUGGCAGCCUCAAGAGCCCAGAACUCUUCCUGUGUUACAAGAGGGGUCGUGGGAAGCCCCCGCUCAUUGACAUUGGGGUCCUGUAUGAAGGUAAAGAGCGCCUCAUUCAGGGUUGUGAGGUCAUAGAGGCCACACCGUUUGGCCGCUGUGCAAAUGUCAAUAACAGCUCUGCCACAUCCCAGCGCAUAUUCAUCACUUUCCGCCGAGCGCCUCCUGUCCAGCCCCAGAACUCACUGGCUGUGACAGACAUCUGCGUCAUCAUCACAAACAAGGGCGAGACUCCUCCUCAUACCUUCUGCAAGGUGGACAAGAACCUUAACUGUGGCAUGUGGGGAUCCAGCGUGUUUUUAUGCUACAAGAAGUCUGUGUCUUCUUCUAAUUCCAUUGCUUAUAAGGCUGGUCUGAUCUUUCGCUAUCCUGAGGAGGACUAUGAGUCAUUUCCCCUCUCUGAGUCUGUUCCCCUCUUUUGCCUGCCUAUGGGGGCCAAGAUUGAGUGCUGGGCUCCAAACACACGCUACCCUUUACCCGUCUUCUCCACAUUUGUCCUCACCAACUCCAAUGGAGAAAAGGUAUACGGAGCUGGAAUACAGUUUUAUGAGCCGUAUCCUGUGGACGGCCUCAGUGAGAAACAGAAAAUCCAGCUGGGUCUUGUCUCUGCUGUAGACAAGAAAGUCCUUCCCAACCGCACAGUCAACACCAACAAGUGCAUUUGCCUGCUGUCCCGCUGGCCUUUCUUCGAGGCCUUCAAAAAGUUCCUCAUGUUUCUUUAUAAGCUGUCGGCCAAUGGAAUCAGCCCUCUGCCCAUUGAGAAACAUAUAUCACAUUUCAUGCACAAUGUAUCCUUCCCAUCUCCUCAGAGGCCAAGAAUACUAGUUCAGCUGUCGGCACAUGACACCUUAAUCCUGUCCCAACCUGUUUGUACACCUUUACCACUGAGUGGAGCAGACUACAGUACACUGCUUAUGAAUCUAGGCCCAGAAAACUGUGCCACACUGCUUCACUUUGUCCUGCUGGAAAGUAAGAUCCUGUUGCACUCCCUUCGACCAGCUGUACUGACUGGAGUGGCUGAGGCUGUUGUGGCAAUGAUCUUUCCAUUCCAGUGGCAAUGUCCAUAUAUCCCUCUUUGCCCUCUGUCUCUGGCGGGGGUUCUCAAUGCACCAUGUCCCUUCAUUGUGGGUGUUGACUCAAGAUACUUCGACCUCUACGAUCCCCCUCCCGACGUAGUGUGUGUGGACUUGGACACCAACACUAUAUAUUUGUCUGAUGAGAAACGACACAGUAACUGGAAGAAUCUUCCAAAGAAGCCCUCCAAGAGUCUUAUCAGCUUCUUGGGAAGCUUGCAUCACCAGCUUGCCACUGUUCGGCGUACAGCCCCAGAAGGCUUGGCAGUGGAGAUGACCCCUAUCGAAGCUGACUUCACCUGGCAUAAGAAAAAGACUGAGCUGGAGAUGGAGAUUCAAGAAGUGUUCCUGCGCUUUAUGGCCUCCAUACUGAAGGGCUAUCGAACCUACCUCAAACCCAUCACACAAGCACCUUCUGAAAAAGCUACUGCUGCAGAUUCGCUCUACGACCUACAAGGAUUCCUGAAGAGCAGAGAUCGUGCUCAUCAGAAGUUCUACUCUCAGCUCACCAAGACUCAGAUCUUCAUCCGCUUCAUCGAGGAAUGUACUUUUGUCAGUGACAAAGACACCGGCCUGGCUUUCUUUGAUGACUGCAUUCGAAAACUUUUUCCUUCUGACAAAGGGACAGACAAGGGUACAAAGGUUGAAGGUGAAUUGUCUGAGGACACCAGGCUGAUGGAACUGGACGAGUCCCAGAAGAGUGAGCACACAGUCUUUGUCAUGCCUCCUGAACCCCCUUUGGAAGAUGGUGCUGACCCCCCUCCCAAAUACAGUUAUAAGAAUUUCCCUAGUUUACGGUUGGAGUUGUUUGAUCGUCCACUAGAACUGAGGCCAGCAUUAAGCACAAGAGCUGCAGGGUCCAGUGUGUCCAGCAGUCCUGCCCUGCUGGCCAAAAGAACAAAACAGGAAAUCAAAAUGGCCUACAAAUUAGCGAAGCGUUUCUACUCCAAUCCACCCCAGUGGGCAAAGUGUCUGAGUAGUCACUGCUAUAGUCUGUGGUUCAUCUGUCUUCCUGCUCGCAUGCGUACUGCACAGUCCAAACCCCGUGCCAUGCAGCAGGCCUUCAAUGUUCUGCUCAAGAUGAGGAGCUCUGAGGUGGAAGUGCUUGACGAGGUGUGUUACCGUGUGGUGAUGCAGUUAUGUGGUCUGUGGGAGAUGCCCGUCAUGGCUGUGCGUGUCUUAAUGGAGAUGAAAAAGGCUGGAGUUGAACCCAACGCUAUUACUUAUGGAUACUACAACAAGGCUGUUCUGGAAAGUCCUUGGCCAAGCCGCAACCGUAGCGGUCUUUUCAUGUGGACCAAAAUGAGAAACCUUGUGCGAGGAGUGGUGCAGUUUAAACAGGCAUUACGUGGGACCACUCUUCAAAGAGGACCUUCUCUGAAAAGCACAGGUACAGAGCUUUCAGCAAGUACAGCAGCAGUUUCUGAUGGAGACAGGCUAAGUCACGGAAGCGUAGACUGUAUUGUCGAGGAACACAUUCUCUUCUCCCACAGCCUUUUAGUUGAGGAUGUUCUUGACGGUCACUACAGUACAGCUGCUCAGUCUGAUCAGGGUUAUGGAUCUAAAGAUGAGUUACCACAGGAACAUACAGAAGAACCUGUAACCUCACCACCUCUGACUACCAACCACACCUGUAGUAGCAAAGAAACCAACACCCAAAAUGGACAAGAUAUUGCCAGUUCUGUGGACAGUGUUGUAGCUGUGACAGAGCCCCCUAGCCCUGCUGAAAUAGCACCAUGUGUAGCCAGCAUUGUAAAACCCUCAACUGAUAUUCCUGUCCACUUUGACCACACUGCAGGCAGGGGAGAAACUGCAGGUGUUUGCACAGGUAAGCUGUUCAUGCCCCGUAAAAAGAGUGAAGAUGUGGCCUUGUCUGUGGAGGAUGAUACCGUAACCACAGAUUCACAGCUUCUGCAGUCUGGACAGCAGCAAAGGGUAAAGGCCUUCAUGGAGCGCAGCUGCAGUUUUAGUGCAGAGAGCAAAGCUGGCAUGCUACAGAAAAAAAGCAGUCUGGAGCUCAGUGCUGAUCACAUGGGUGCGGAUGCAAAAAUUCUUGCAGCCGUGUUCUCCGGCAGCCAGUCUCCUCCUCCUUUUGCCACCAUGGCUCCAUUUAAAGAGUUCAAGGUGGAGGCUACACUAAGCCCUGCCCUCCAAGAGGAAGAACAUGAGGAUAAGCAGGAGACCAAACAUGAAUCCUUCACUUCUGCAGCAGAGGGAGUGGAGAAAAGUAUAAAGCGGGAUAAUGCAGCAACAGAAUCCAAUAGCAGUGAACGAGUUGGCCGAACCCCAGGCAGUGGCGUCUCCUCUUCUAAAGCUGUGGAGAGGGAGAAUGUCAAAAUGGGAGCAGAUCCACUCUCACUCUUUGCUUCGGAAACUGAAGACGCAACCUCCAUUCAGAGCCAGGAGUCCGCACGGACCUUUCCACCACUGGUGGCAAGGAAUCUUGCAGAUGAGAUUGAGAUGUACAUGAGCCUCCAGAGCCCCCUGACUGCUAGAUCUCCCAGCAUGGAGUUGCAACCGGGAUUAAACCCUGAAUCCAUAAACUGUCCAGACUCUCCAGCAAUUAAGCAGUCUUUAGAAAGAAGGUCAAGCCUUCCGAUUGGCCCAGUCAAAAUGGCCAGUUCAACAGAGAAUCCGAAACCUAGUCCUGCUGUCACCCGCUCAAAGACGUUUGCUGUCAAGUCCCCCAAGACCCCGGGCUCUGCAGGCCAGAGGUCGUCAUCGCUGACCGCACUGGUAAAAUCGUCACAGAGCAGCUCACUAGGCUCUGUCAUCAACUCCAUUUCAGGCAUCAAGAUGGACUCUCUUCUAGUGGGCCCCAAAGUAGAUAUGCUCAAAUCAGGCAUGAAGCAGGCAGCCAAUGUGGCCAGUAAGAUGUGGGAUGCAGUGGCUUCAGCCUACUCCUACUCAGAUGAUGAGGAGGAUAACUCAAAGCCCCAGUACAGUUUCCCAGCUAGGCUAGAAGAGCAGUUGUUAUCUGCUGAGGGAGAUGCGGAGAACACUUUACCCAGAGGCCUGAUGCCUAGUCUGGCCUCAAAUGGGCUCACGCACAGCAAUACCAGCCUGGGUAGCAGCAGUGGAAGCAGUGAUACCGGCCAGGCACACCUGUCAACUCCUUUGACUCCAGGUCGCUCAAUGAGAGGAGCGGACUCUGAGAGGUCUGAACAUAGUUCCUCUCAUCAUGCCAGCACCUCCAGCAUUUACCAAAAUUGUGCUUUGGAGGUUCUCAUGUCCAGCUGCUCUCAGUGUCGCUCUUGUGAGGCUCUAGUGUAUGAUGAGGAAAUCAUGGCGGGCUGGACGGCAGAUGACUCCAAUCUAAACUGCACCUGUCCUUUCUGUCAAACCACUUUUCUUCCUCUGCUACAUGUCGAGUUCCAGGACCUGCGUGCUACUCCAGGCUUCUACUUGAAGACGAGUACAUCAGGAGACAGUAUCCACAGCUCCACCACUCAACCAACCACUUCUGGCUCCUCAGAAGUGAAAGUGAGCUCUCCUAGUGACCGUUCAGACCUCAUGACCUUCGCAGAAUCUCCUGUGGACAGCAAGAGUCCUGUUGAGAUGCCUGUUGCUCAAACUGGAACCCCAAAGAUCCUUGUACCAGAACCUGCACAUUCAGACCCCCUUGGUCUCAUGGAGAGACAAGCUGAGAAACGCAACACAUUAACACGGAGCAACAGUAUGGGAGGACCACUGCAGAAUCUGGACUUGAUUCAACGACCCAAUCAUGGAAUAUCCACUAUUAGCCUUCCCAACAGCUUACAAGAGGUGUCGGACACGUUGGGUCAAAAGCGGCCCAACCCAAAACCAGUUUCUGUGCCGUAUCUCAGUCCACUGGUCCUGCGCAAAGAAUUGGAGUCGCUUUUAGAGAAUGAAGGGGAUCAGGUAAUCUAUACACAUAAGUUCCUCAGUCAGCACCCUAUCAUUUUCUGGAACCUGGUGUGGUAUUUUCGUCGUUUAGACCUGCCCAGCAUUCUGCCUGGACUCAUUCUCACUUCUGAACACUGCAACAAUGGAGUAAAGCUGCCGCAGACAUCUCUGUCUCAGGACAGCAAGCAGGUGUACGUGCAGCUGCUGUGGGAUAAUGUCAACUUGCAUCAGGAGCCCACUGAGCCCCUCUAUCAGCUCUGGAGGACCUUCUUGCAAAGGAAGGGAACUCUAGCCCCGACUGACCACCAGGAGACUCGGUCUUUGCUAAACAGCAUUGUACGCAGCAUUCAGAUGAAUGAUGUUUACAGCCCUAUCAAUAUGCUCCUCAGGGAGAUCAAGAAACAUCCAGAAGUGAAACGCCAGAGGUUGGUCACAUAUGCUGGAUUUUCAAUACAUGAUUAGUGCAGUCUUAAAUCC